UUUUUUUGACGGUUCGAAAGGGCCAUGCCAAAGGGCCUUAACUGUGUUUUAAGAUCGGUGACAACUAGAGAGAAGGCGAAGCGAACUUGAGCCAGAGAGAGAAUCUCGCACCGCAGCAGGAGGGGACCGAGAGAGAAGCGAACUCGAGAAAGGGAUUCAAGGAGGCUGUUGCCGAUGGCCAUGGCGGCGCGGCUGCUGCGAGCAACCGAGGUGGCAUCUCGAUUUCUAUCUGCUUCCCAUGGUUUCGUCCAGCGAGCUGCAUACACAGCUGGUGGGAUAGUCGAUGUUGGCCAACCAACACCCCAGUCUCAUCCAGAGUUAUUAGCUGAUGGAGAGAUCACACCAGGCAUCACAAACGAGGAAUACAUCUCUAGAAGAAAAAAACUUUUAGAGGUGCUACCAGAGAAGAGCUUGGCCAUUAUUGCUUCUGCUGAUCAGCAGAUGAUGACUGAUGUAGUGCCAUAUCCAUUCAGACAGAAUGGUGAUUACCUGUAUAUUACAGGUUGUACACAACCCGGUGGAGUAGCAGUUUUGAGUGAAGAAACAGGGUUCUGCAUGUUCAUGCCAGAUACAAAUAAGGAGGAUUUAGUUUGGCAAGGUGAAACUGCUGGAGUUGAGGCUGCUGUGGAUUUCUUUAAAGCAGAUAAAGCAUUUCCACUUAGUCAGAUGCAAAAGAUCCUUCCUGAACUGAUUGAGCAAUCAAAAGGGGUGUAUCACAAUGUGAAUACAACAUCUUCUUAUAAGAACUUGGAUGCCUUUCGUAGGGCAUCACUCAACAAUAAAGUAAAAGAUCUUACAAAUUACACUGAUGAAUUACGGUGGGUCAAGUCGAAAUCAGAAAUUAAGUUGAUGAGGGAAUCAGCAUCUAUUGUUUCUCAGUCUCUUUUACAAACAAUGUUGAUGUCGAGGACCCACAGAGAGGAAAGCCAGUUGGCAGCUAAGAUUGAAUACGAGUGCAAAAUGAGAGGUGCCCAAAGAAUGGCGUUCCAUCCCGUAGUUGGUGGAGGAGCAAAUGGCAGCAUUAUACAUUAUUCAAGAAACGAUAGAAAAAUCAGGACAGGUGAUCUUCUGCUCAUGGAUGUUGGCUGCGAGUAUCAUGGCUACCUUAGCGAUCUGACUCGAACAUGGCCACCCUGUGGCAGGUUUUCACCUGCUCAGGAAGAGCUGUACAGCCUAAUACUGGAGACAAAUAAGGAGUGCAUAAAGCUCUGUAAACCCGGCACAAGCAUUAACGAGAUACACAAUCAUUCGGUAAAGCUGUUGAUAAAGGGAUUCCAAGAACUGAGGAUCCUGGAGAAGGGGAAAUCCAUCCAAUACAACUACUUGAACCCAACCGCAAUAGGCCACUCGUUAGGCAUGGAUAUUCAUGACUCCAUGACACUCCCCAAGGACAAGCCCUUGGAGCCUGGCGUCGUAAUAACGAUCGAGCCCGGGGUGUACAUCCCGGCGGCCCCGGUCCUGAACGAGCGCGCGCCGAGCAGGUACCGCGGUAUGGGGAUCCGGAUCGAGGACGAGGUCCUCAUCACCGACGACGGCCACGAGGUGCUGACGGCGUCGGUGCCCAAGGAGGUCUCGCACCUGACCACCCUGAUGAACAUGGGCAGGGGCGGCUCGGCUGCGGACGCCCAUGGCCAUGAGCUGCGAGCCGCCUGCAGCUAGCUGAGGCGGCUGCGUGCGUGAGGUCAUGCCCGUGGCGGCGGCCGGACCUAGUAGACCUGGCACGACGUCGUGGAGCAGAAUCUACGUGCUCUGCGAAUACCCGUUGCAUCCAUUGAUUGGACUGUUGUAAUCACGGGAACAGAUAGCGAAUUGGGCAGGUGUUUUUUUAAGGUAAUGGGAGGUGUUAUAUUCUGGACCCUUACCAUGGCGCGUCAUUGUAUUUGCAUGCGCAGUUGUGUUGUGGCCGCAUUCAGCUUCUUUAUAUUGUUUUGUCGCCGUUCAGAACGGUUAGCCGAAUCUUACCGUGAGCCAUGGCAUGGUGACCACACGGAUUACAGCCAGCCGUGUGGCGCUAGCAGAUGCAUGCAACAGUCGGCUGGGGCGGCCAUGAAUGCGGGAGGCUGUAGACCUGUAGUGA